GGGAUUCGAACCUGAGUACUAUUACAAGAAAGAAAAAAAAAUGCACUUCAACAUCAUUAUGAGCGGUUGACUCUAAGAAAAAUGAGCGUUUUCAAAUGCAAAAAUUCUAGAACCUCAGCCGCGUUUGACCGCUUUCUUUCCUUGUUCGUGAAUCCUAGUCCAUGGAUCAUGGGUCAGAGGACUCCAUCCCACUUUAUUCAUUCCGCAGUACUAUCUUCAAGAUGCACGAUAUAUUCUGAUCUGCCAGACCGUUUCCCUCUCUCCUCCUACUUUCACAGCAGGGCUCCAUUUUUUUUAUAUAGCUCAAUUUUUGACGCAGCCAAUAACAAUUUUCGUCAAUGUUGCACAAAGUGGAAGAACACGGAAUUACACCCUCUUUGGUCGACAACACACUGGAGUGUUGCUGUGUCGAUUUCAAGGAUCGGCCUCUUUGCCGCUUACAUGCGCGACAUUACGCUCUAGAACCUAUUCUUCAUUCAUGAAUUACAAACUAAAAGCAUUGUCAACGAUCA